GGAAGCUCUUAGUCUGCUGCGUGAACGAGGCGGGCGCAACCUGUGGCUAAUCCUGACCGCCGCGCCCCCCUGCGUCCGGAAAUUCACCCACGCUCAAUUCUCAAACUCGCAGUGCUACUCUCACCGCCUGAGCGUUUACAUCGCAAUGUCGUCAAAGCUCCACGACUACCAUGGUGGUUUCUGACAUUUUUUUCAUAAUCGCACUCAUUCGAUGCUUCUUAUCAAACAUCCGAAUUGUGUUAAAGUUUUUUAGUCCUAUCAACUGUUUGUCAAUUGACGGUAUUUUCACCGUUUUUAAGGAUAUACCAGUGCUCAACGGAAUUGAUUUACAAAGCUGAAAAACACGAGAAUGAAGGAGACGAAGAACGAGAAACGAUCCUGCGAAUUAACCAUGCUGGGAAAUUCAACGAAUGUUAACAUUCACUGUGCGCUAGAAGCAACUGAUUUUUAAUUAAUUCAGUGACAGAAAACACCAACCACGAAUAAAAGUUCAAAACGAGCCCAAGAUGGCCCGAUACACAUCGACUCGAUUUAUUGUAUUGAUCGUCCUGAAGAAUCUACCGAAUCAAUAUGCCCCGAAUGUUAAUACAAAAUGAUAAAUACAGGGUGUAAAACGAAAAAAUAGACGUCUAGAGUGAGCAAUAAAAUUAGCAGCGAUUAUGCUACGUCUUGAAGUGGAAACACCUGAAAUAAAUCUAUCGUCACAAACAAUAAUGACGAUACGCGACCAGGACGCGUUGAUGCGCGAGUGAGCCAAAAGAUUUGCUCUAACAGUGCCACGAGUCGUAAUAAGAAUAACGCAAUGAUAACCGCGUGAGUGCACCGGGUGCGAAAUGGAUGAGUUGAGACGGAGAGUGAAAAAUGAAAUCCGCUAUAGAAAUGGGACUGAAAGAUCGCGCGCAGGAUACUCGGGAAAGAGCAGAGCGAGCUUAUCGACGAAAGUAAAAUCGCAGCAAAGAAAAGACAAACAAAAGUAUAAAACUUGUGUGGAAUUUGGUAGCGGCUGUAAGGGAAUGUGAGAAGAAGAAAAAAGAAAGAAAAGACAUUUUAUGAGAGUAUCUUUUUAGGGGCUUACGGCAUAUCGUGGCAAAAUGACUCGCCUUUUGUACCGGCCAUUUUUUCUACUCGACAAUUAGUAAACGUUUGAAAGAAAAAUAUAUCUUUGAAGGUGAAAACGUGGCUCGAGAGCACGAAGCGAAACGGGAAGUGUCUGUGAAACAGAACGAUUAAACGCGACUGCGGAAUAAAAAGGAAGAGGAAAAGAAGAAUAAAGCACGUGCCAAAGGAGGGACCAAAUCCAACGACACUCGAAAGUACUUUUUGCCAAGAAAAAACGAGAUAUCGAAAGUAGGAAGAUGCGAGGAGAUACUUUCGCGAGAAGUUUCUCGACUCAGCAUCUAUCGAUCAGCGACUGCAAUAUACAAUAAUAAAAAUAGGAAUCAUUUUUUAAAAUAAAUCGUGAUAAGACGCUCGUUCUAUACACAUUGGGUCAAGGAUCGAGUGAGGAUGAAUUCGGUGAAGGGUGAAAAAUAGAUCGAGAGCAAAAGGCUCGAGUGCCUCUCGAGUGAAUAUCAAGGAAAUAGGAAAAUCGAGGAUCGCAUAGCUCCGAUGCAAACUCUUCGUGGAUGACGUCUGUCUGUUUCCGAUAGUAGAACGAGCAAUAUCUUCCGGUCGAGUGGACCACGAAAAUUUGUGGUCUCCGAAUAUCGAGUUCGACUGACGGACUAUUAACGCUGCUAUAGCUAUUAAAAAUUCAUGCAUAUUCUUCGUGAAAUUCUAUGUGUUUUCUCCUGUACGUUUGGUCGCGUGACCGAGUGCUUAAUGAGAAUCGUUUGGACGAAUAACUCGUAUAUCGAUUGAGUGGGACCUCUCCGCACGGAACCAAAUGGUAGUGACCGUGACAAACACCGAGACGAAACUUUGGCUCGAAUUUAAUGAACAAGCAUCGUGAACGAAAAAGAAUAAAAUAACCAAAGUUUUCUCAAUCUGAUUUUGUACAAUAUACGUUUGUGCCAAACUCGAACAUAAUAACGAAUUGCUGCCCAAACUUCCACUUCGGAGCCUCCGCGCAGUUAAACGCUCCCCGGGUACCUCUUUUAAAUAAAUCGGUUUAAUUAGCGAUAUAAAACAUUUGUGGAAAAAGUUUUUAAAAUGCCUACCGCCAAUUCUACGAGGGAGAGCAGUCUCGCGAUAAGGACCGAACCCCUCGGGAGAACAUCGAGUUCCCGGAGCCGCGGCCAGAACGGUACAGCCAAUACAGAAGUUCCGGAAAUCUCAGGAGACAGUAAUACAGGCUUGCACAAGAGGAGCAUUUACGAACACAAUGGGGUCGCAGUGUGCUCGCACAAAAAGGCACUCUGCAUCGCCACAAUCGUAUUCGCUAUUCUCUUCGCCAUAUCACUCAUCAUUGCCUUCGCGGGACCACAAAACGACUGUCCUUGCGCUGGUGAAAAACCAGCGAAUUUGGAGAUCGAGACAGACGCGGAGAGCACGGAACCCCUUGCCACGAACGGGGAGAUAUUUCCGUGGGACAAUGUCAGGCUACCGAAGUUCGCUCAUCCGACAAGGUACAAUCUCACGAUUCAUCCGAAUCUCACGACUCUCGAAGUCAAAGGGCAAAUCACGAUCGAAUUUUACGUCGAUCGAGAGACCAAUUUUAUCGUCUUCCACAGUAAAAAUUUGACAAUAAAUGAAAAGAUGGUGCAGGAUCGGAAAGGCCACCGAUUAAAAAUAGCUAAAUUGCUCGAAUACCCUAAACAUCAGCAGCUCUAUUUAGAGCUGGAAGAAAGUAAAUUUCGCAAGCGCGGUAACUACACGGUCCACCUGCGUUUCGUAUCCAAAUUGACGAGCAAACUGGAGGGUUUUUAUCUCAGUACUUACGUCACGGCCGAUGGAGAAAAGAGAUAUCUUGCGACAACGCAUUUUGAACCAACGCAUGCGAGAUCGGCGUUUCCGUGUUUCGACGAGCCCCAAUUCAAAGCGAAGUUUAAAGUCUCCAUAUUCAGAGACCGAUUUCACAUAGCCCUGUGCAAUAUGCCUGUUGUAAAUACCGAGGACGCUGGUUUCUACAUGGGAACGGGCCUCCUUCGCGAUGACUUCCAAGAGUCCGUCGAGAUGUCAACUUAUCUCGUUGCAUUCGUCGUUUGCGAUUUUAAGAGGGUCUCGGAACUGACCAGCAGAAACGUUUCCGUAAGCGUUUACGCUCCCGAGUCGAUGCUUCCACAAGCCAAAUUCGCAGUUACCACUGCAGCCCGUAUGAUGGAUUAUUUCGAGUCCUUCUUCGGGGUCCACUAUCCACUGCCGAAACAAGACCUUAUAGCGAUACCGGAUUUCGCUGCCGGUGCUAUGGAGAAUUGGGGUCUGAUAACGUACAGGGAAACAUCGAUACUUUACGAUCCUCAAGAGACGUCGACGGGAGCACACGAAUUGGUGGCGGUCGUGAUAGCUCACGAGCUGGCCCAUCAAUGGUUCGGUAAUUUGGUGACGAUGAAAUGGUGGAACGACAUUUGGCUGAACGAGGGAGCAGCGAGUUUUUUCGAGUACAAAGGCGUCAACAGUGUUUCGCCGGAAUGGAACAUGAUGGAUCAGUUUGUACUUGACCAGACGCAAUCGGGAUUGGUUCUCGAUGCUUUAGCGACGAGUCAUCCGAUCAGCGUUCCCGUUAAAGAUCCUGCUGAAAUCGGAGCUAUCUUCGACACGAUAAGUUACAGCAAAGGGGCCUCGAUCCUUUACAUGCUCGAAGGCUUCUUGUGCGAGGACAUUUUCAAAAAAGGCCUCAACGACUAUCUCAAUAUCCACGCUUAUGGGAGUGCCGAUAAUAAAGAUCUUUGGUCGGUUUUUACCAAACGCGCCAACAACACGUUCGAUGUCAAGGCAAUAAUGGAGACGUGGACUCAGCAAACGGGUUUUCCAUUAAUAACGAUAAGUCGCGAGGGUAACGUGAUAACAGCAACCCAGAAGAGAUUUCUAUUGUCGCCUCAGGAGAAUGGGACAGAAUUGUUGCAACCGAAAUCACCUUUUAAUUACAAGUGGUACGUUCCACUGAGCUACUACACGGACAAAGAGCCGGAAAAGCUUCACAACGUGUGGAUGAACAUGAGCGACGUCACGUUCGAAAUAUCGGAAAACGUUGAAUACAUAAAGUGCAACAUAAAUCAAUCGGGAUUUUAUCGAGUGGCUUACCCGGAAGAUAUGUGGAACGUGAUUAUUGAGACUUUGAUGAAAAACCACACGAAAUUCAGCCCAGUAGAUCGUGCCAAUCUCAUCGACGAUUCCUUCACCCUCUGCGAGGCUGGAGAACUCAACGCGACGAUACCACUGAGAUUGUCAUUGUAUUUGUUGAACGAGAGGGAUUACGUUCCAUGGGCAACUGCACUCGGUUAUCUUCACUCGUGGAAAGAAAAAUUGAACGCCAGUUCAGGCUACAAAAGAUAUCUCGCUUAUUUGAAAAGAUUGUUGGGCCCAGUCACGAAGUACGUUGGUUGGAGCGACGAGGGUUCACAUUUGAAAAAAUUAUUGAGAAUUUCCAUCCUACGAGCUGCGGUUGAACUCAAUUUGGAAGAUGUCAUAAAACCGGCUAAGAACCUUUUCGAGGACUGGAUGGUGAGGGGCAAACGAAUCGCACCGAACAUUCGCGAUGUUGUUUAUGCAGCUGGUGUUCAGUUCGGAGGGGAAACUGAAUGGAGUUACUGCUGGGACACGUAUCGAAAGACCCAAAUACCGAGCGAAAAAAUAAUAAUGCUAAAUGCAAUGGGUGCGACGUCGGAUCGUUGGUUACUGCAGCGUUAUCUCCUUCGCUCUCUGGAGCCCGAAGACGUCAAGGCCCAGGAUAUCGAUGCGGUCAUUUCGUCCGUCGCGCGUAACAGCGAAGGAAAAUUCCUCGCCUGGAGACAUAUGAAAGCUUAUUGGUCACAGCUUUUCGAUAUUUUCGGCACCGGAUCUCCCACAUUCGGUGGCUUAAUUUCCUCGGUCAUAUCUGACUUUUCAACCGAAUAUGAUUAUCGGGAGGUAACGGAAUUUUUCAAAGACGUCGAUGUCGGCAGUGCUCAAAGGGCUUUGAAACAGAGCUUCGAAACGAUAAGAUUCAACAUUAGAUGGGUCGAAGAGAACGUCGAAACUGUCGAUAGAUGGCUCAUCGAUUAUCUCAAAGACCACGCGAGAUAAGCUUUGCAAAUUUUUUCACAUUUGAACUCACACACAAAGUUACGAGCUUUAACAAUCACACACACACACACACACACACACACGAACAUAUAUAUAUAUUUAUAUAUGUAAACAGAGGUCAGGUUGAUCGGGAAUUUUCCGGAUCUCGGUUGUUUUCGGUGAGAUAUCGAUAAGCCGAAAAUAAGUCAACGGUUCGUUGCAUCCAGAAAGUACGUGCUGCCGGGGCUGCCCUCGGGCGGUUCGAAAGCCGUGGCGAUGCGAAUUUCUAUGUUUUUACGGUAAAAAAAAAUGUACAAUAUCGUCCACCGUAAAAAGAUCCAUUGGAAAAAAAAUUUAAAAAAAAGCCGCGAGUCAAGUACGAAGAAGAGCGUUGAAUCGUUAACUUCGAAUUUUAAUGCUACGAAAAAAGUGGUAGAGAAUGAAAGAAUAAAGGAAGAGAGAGAGAGAGUCUUUGCAAAAGAAUAAAUUCCGUCGAUUUAUGAGCGGAACCGCUCAUAAAUUUCCGAGUUGUGGAACAAAAGGCGUUUCGCGAAUGUGGUGUACAAUAAAAUAAUGUCGAUUUCCGGAAGUUAUAACGAUACACGUUUAUCGCAAUCGCGAUGUCGAAGAAGAUUUAAAAAAGGGAGGAAACGCACGGGGACACGCGAGUGAGAGUCAUUUCGUACGUUUUAAGUAGCAUAUCAAAAGAAAUGGAGAGUUAAAACGAAAUGGAAAAAAUAAAUGAAUUGAAAAAAUAGGAAAAACAAAAACAAAAGAAUUUUAAAAUAUAAACGUGAUGAAAGAGAAUUUAAAAGGAAGAAAUUUAAGAAGAAAUCAAGUUGAAAUUAGACGGUCGGCGCGUGAAUCGAUGGAACGCGAUCACGGUCGUUAAUGGAGAGGAGAACGAGAGACGCGGUCCCUUUUGUCCGACGUCGAGAAGGCGACGCGCGUUUACGUUCAUUCAAUCAUCCGUAAUUACUAAUAAUAUUAAAAAUAAUAAUAUUAAUAACAAUAGUAAUAUCAAUGACACUGAAUAAAUACAAGCAUUAUUAAUAUGUUUAAUAAUAAUAAUAAUAAUAAUAACGAUAUAAUUAUUAUGAUAAUAAUAUGAAUGAAUAAAUAAUAAUAACAAUGAUAUAAUAAUAUUAGCAUAAUCCCCGAGCCAAAAAGAUGAGUUCAAGAUGAAUAAUCGAAUCUUUAUUAUUAUGGACACGACAUGAAAAUUAUCGUAAUUAAAAUCGAAACGAAGUUUCGCGAGUUAUUCAUACAUGUCGUGUGUGCCAUGUGUUCAUAUUGCUGGAAGGUUGAAACAGAACAUAUUAAUGAAAAUAAAGUUGAUGAAAAACAAGGGGAGAUAAGAAAACGGGCCUUGCGAACUUGAGGACGCGCGGGUUACGUCCGACAAGCGCACAGGUCUCCGUAAUGUAAUGAAAACGCUCUUUUCGAUCGGUUCCCUUUAUUUUCAAUUUCCUUGAGAUUUUUUUACGUUCCGUACGAAAUACACAUAGAUCGUAAUAGAAAAUUCGAUAUUUUACUACGAAAAAAAAAAAAAGAAGAAGAAGAAGAAAUAAACCAAUUAAAUGGAGAAUACCAUACGCGGAUGUCUAAGUGUGCGUGUGCGUGAGUUUAGUUACCUAAUUAUCGAAUAAUCGCGACGUACUUACACAAACGUCUCGAUGCGCCUAAUUAAUCGUAUACUAAAUAAAAGGAAAAUUAUGAAAAAUGAAAAAAAAAAAAAAAAACUCGUGACUAAAUGUCGAUAUUAUUAUGUAUUAAAAUACUUACUUAUUAUACGAUAAAUCCUGCCCGUUUUUCGUGACGACGCUCUCCGUCAAAUGUUCAGUCAAUGGGGCGCACCGUCGCUUCGUUUUAUUCUGCCGGAAACGGAAGAAACGUUCCCGAAACACUGGAUCAUCUCCGUGAUAGGUGCUUCAGGCUGGAAAUUCAAUCUGAAUGAUUUUGAUUGGAAAGAUAUAUAGAACGACCCUCGUUCGGGAUUCCCGAGGAGUUUCAUUUCGAAAAAUUCGUCAAAUAGAACGGAUUCUUUACCGAAUUUUGAGCGUGGGUCCCCCUUAAUCCUCGCAUGUCCAAAAAUUGUGUGCUCAUCAUGAACUGUCAAAAAUUUCAGACGCGCGAGGGUUAAAUGUACACUAAAAAUUAAGAGAAAAAAAUGUACCACCGUCCACCCAGCAUCGUGAUAGCAAAAAAUUAAAAGCAACCAUCGGCCAGGGCAAGCAAAUUCCACGGCCCAAAAAUGUGUGAGGAGACAUUUUGAAAAAUACUGAAAAAGAAACGAAGAAUUUCCAUGUUCCAUGUUCGAUGAUAGUGUCGCGCGUUUUUCCACCCGUCUCGUGACUCGUGCGGCAUUUUUCAAAACUCGUAUCCGUCGAUCUCCCCUCGCAACUGUUUUUUUAUUAUUACCUUUUUUGCAUUUAUUCAAUUGCGCGAUAUACAAACAAAAAGCGACACGCGCGUGAUGAACUUCGAAGAAGAGGCGCCGAUGAGAAGCAUAAACGCACCAACUUCCGGUCCACUGAAAUAUAAAAAAAGGCAAAACAAUUCCGGAAAUUCUCGAAUAUUCCAAUGUAAGAAAAUUCAACAAAAUCGAAUGUCGCCUGAUAAAAAAUCUAUAAAAAAAAAGUAAAUUAAAUAUGGAAAUUUAUAUAUAUAAAAAUAAAAAAAAAAAAAAAAAAAAACAAUAACCGACGUGAAUUCUAUUCACGAUUGAGGCGAAAGUUAAGAAUAAAACGAAAAUCAUGAAACAAACCAAAAUCAAAUUACGAAAGACAAACGAUGCACUUGCGAAGAUGUAAAUCCCGUCGAACUUUGUAAAUACUUUAACGGCACUCAAAAAUAGGCCUCUAAAAGAAGAAAUGUCUGGAUCGCAUAGAUUUUUAUACCACUCCGAGGAGAGGCGAAUACAAAUGAGAGAAACAAACGAACAACAAAAAGAAAAUAAAGUGAAUUUAACAAUGAACAAACCAAAAAGAAUGAAGGGAAAAAAAUAACAUAGAAAUUAGAAACGAAUCGACGCACAACUAGAUACCUACAUGUAAAUAGCAUAUUUUUUCACUACUAUGACGAUUUUUUCUCACGUGUUCAGUCACACAAACACACGAUAAAUACGAGACCGGAUAAAUCGUUCCUUUUUCAGGCCGAGAAGUAGCGAAAAAAUAAAUUCAUUUCGGCCUAUCAUUUUUUUCUUUCCUCUUCAUUACCUUGGCAUAGUGUUGGGUUUUUUUUUGUUUUUCGAGUACGCGAAUGCGACAUUUUUCAUUGUGCGAACUUUCAUUGCGAUUUCGAUUUCUAUAUUCAUCUAUCAGAUAUAUACAUGAAUAAAUAUAUAAAGUUUCACUUUCGAAUUCUAUACACACGGUGCUUUCUCGUUCUGCGCCAGACGCAAAGAAAAUGAAGUGUGCGAAGGAAAAAAAUAUGGUCGAGCUUCUUUUCCGUAAGAUCAUGAAAAUAUUCAAAAAUCAGUAUGAAAAAUUAUCCAAAAUAUCGACGUUUGAGAAAAAAGGUUGCGAAAUACACGACUAAAAAUUGGUAAAAUAUAAACGGGAUAUUCCAGGCCAUAUCAACCACUUUUAAACCCGAUCCCUUUCGAUUUGGCGGAAACUUUUUUAUCUUUUUCUACUCUAACAAAGAAAUUUUUCCGAAUUCUUUCAAACUUUUUUCCCCGAUCCAAAAAUAGUUAUGAAUUUUUCAAAAAAAUUCCGUUAUUCUUGUUCAAAGUGACAUAACGCUUUGGAAAAUUGACUUAUUGUGGCGUUUUCUUUUUUUUUCAAGUAUUGUCUUCGAAUUUAAUUUUCAGAAAAAAAAUUUAAAGGUCAUACAAAUACAUCUUCAACGUGUUUUUUUGAGAAUUUAGAUAAAAAACGAAAAUUUUGGGAUGAUUGCUAUUUUUAAUUUAUUAUCCUUUUCUCCAGAAGAAAUUUUGAUAUUUUUUACAAGUUCUCUGAAAUUCUCAAAGUGGCAUUUUUCCGCUUCCUAUUCUUUUUUUCUAUUACAAUUUUUUUUUUUUUUUUUUUUUUCAUUCCGCUUAUUUCUAAUGACACCACUUUGAAAAUUUUCUAGAAUAUACCGAGAACCUUAAAAGUUAAAAAACAAUGAUAGUUAUAUGAAUAAAAAUCGGUAAUCAUUGGAAAAAAUUCAAUUUCUUCUAAAUUACAUUUGAAUACAAAUAAAAUCAAAUAAAAUUUAUGAUUGGACCAAUUUUCGGUCAAACUAUGAGCUUUUAAAAAUUUAGAAGUAGGUUAAUCGGGAUAAAGUUCAUUUCAAUUUUUCCUUUUUACCCUUCUUCGGGUAUCAAAAAAUAAAAAAUAAAUAUUCAGGGCUGUCUUUAAUUUUUUCUAAUUUUUUCGGAAAAAAAUUGAAAUUUUUCCGAUGAUUAUCGAUUUUUAUUUUUAUAAUUAUCAUUGUUUCUCAACAUUUAAAGUUCUCGGUACAUCCUAGAAGAUUUUCAAAUUGGUGUCAUUAGAAAUAAGCUGAAUUGAAAAAAAAAAUUCAUUGAAAUAGAGAAAAUAAUAGAAAUCGAGAAGAUCCUACUUUGAAAAUUUCAAAGAACGUUUAGAAAAUGUCAAAGUUUCUUCUGGAGAAGAAAAAAAUAAAAAAUGGUAAUCAUCCCAAAAUUUUCGUUUUUUAUCUAAAUUCUCAAAAAAAAAACGUUGAACAUGGAUUUGUAUGACCUUCAGAUUUUUUUUCUGAAAAAUAAAUCCGAAAACAAAAAUGGAAAAAAAAAACCAUUUUUGAAAAAUUCAUAACUAUUUUUGAAUCGGGAAAAAAAAUUUGAAAAAAUUCCGAAAAAUUUGUUUGGCACGGUAGAAAAAGAUUCCGCGAAAUCGAAGGAGGUCGGGUUCAAAAGCGAUCGAUUUGGCCUGGAAUGUCCCAAACAUACAAGAAGAAUUCAGAUUCUGGAAUUGCAUUGAAUGAGGAAUCGAAGGACGAAGACUGUGUAAAGAACGGAUGUAUUGUAAUAUAUGAAGAAAAAAAAACUAUAAACCAAUGGCAGUCGUGAGACUGCCAUUACAGACAUUUUUUUUUCCUUAUUUUAACCCACGAACGAGGAGUAAUGCCGAAAUGUAUGCAUAAGCAUAUGUACAUAUAAUUGUUGUAAAAUGCUCGCAUAACUGAGGGUGUGAUGAUGAAUACGAUACAGUGGCGAGGGAAAGGACAAAAACAAACAGUUUUUUGCAUCUCACAUUUAUGAAUUAAAUUAAAUCGAUAUUACGAUUAUAUUGUAUACAUUGUUCUCUACCGUACUGUUGUCAUAGAUAUUUUGUUGUAUAUAAAUGACGGAGAGGAAAUAAUGAUAAAAAUGAGAAAACAAACAAACCAUACGAGACAUGUACAAGCAUACAAAUGAAUAUAUUAUAUGUUUAAAAUA